UUUUUUUUUUUCCCUUCCCCUUGCCUAAACUCCUCUAUCAGUCUGUAAACAUUACCUGUGAAUUCCCCAGCCUGAAACGGCUGCCGGGGCAAGAAACUUCUUGUUAGAACUUUCCACCUCCGGCCUCUCCUCCGCCCCUCUCACCGUCCCAAUCUACCGGGAAGCGCUUUUUUUCCCCUUUCUCCUCCCAAGGUGAAUUUAUCUUUUUUCUUCUCCCCCCGCCCCACUUUUUCUCAUCCAGUGGUUUGGGAAGAGGUCAUUUCCAGAGUGGCCAGGUGGGACGCCUCUUUUCCACAUUUGGUUUAUUUAUUAUUGUUUGGGGUGUUUUUUUUUUUCAAAUCCCUGUUUUGCUCAGUCCGGGGAGUUUGUGCUCACCCACUUCUACCCUACCCCCCCCAACACACACACACACACACACACACACACACACUCACAUCCCGUGCCCGGCUCCGCCGCGCGGACGAUGGUGUGGAAAUGGCUGGGCGCGCUGGUUGUGUUCCCUCUGCAAAUGGUCUAUCUGGUGACCAAAGCGGCCGUGGGACUGCUGUUGCCCCCCAAGCUGAGGGACCUGUCGCGGGAGUCAGUCCUCAUCACCGGCGGUGGGAGAGGCAUCGGGCGCCACCUCGCUCGGGAGUUCGCAGAGCGCGGAGCCAGGAAGAUUGUUCUCUGGGGCCGAACUGAAAAAUGCCUGAAGGAGACAACAGAGGAGAUUCGGCAGAUGGGCACAGAGUGCCACUAUUUCAUCUGUGACGUGGGUAACCGGGAGGAGGUAUACCAGACGGCCAAAGCUGUCCGAGAGAAGGUGGGUGACAUCACCAUCCUGGUGAACAAUGCCGCCGUGGUCCAUGGGAAGAGCUUGAUGGACAGUGACGAUGACGCCCUCCUCAAGUCCCAACACAUCAACACUCUGGGCCAAUUCUGGACCACCAAGGCCUUCCUGCCACGUAUGUUGGAGCUCCAGAACGGCCACAUCGUGUGCCUCAAUUCCGUGCUCGCACUGUCAGCCAUUCCCGGCGCCAUCGACUACUGCACAUCGAAAGCAUCGGCCUUCGCCUUCAUGGAGAGCUUAACGUUGGGGCUACUGGACUGUCCAGGUGUCGGCGCCACCACCGUGCUGCCCUUCCACACCAGCACCGAGAUGUUUCAGGGCAUGAGAGUCAGGUUUCCCAACCUCUUCCCCCCGUUGAAGCCGGAGACGGUAGCCCGGAGGACGGUGGAAGCCGUGCAGCAAAACCAGGCCCUCCUCCUGCUCCCGUGGACCAUGAAUAUCCUCAUUAUCUUGAAAAGCAUACUCCCACAGGCCGCGCUGGAGGAGAUCCACAGAUUCUCAGGGACCUACACCUGCAUGAACACUUUCAAGGGGCGGACAUAGAGCAGCAAGAAGACUCACUUCAGGAGCCGUGAAGCCUGAGGGGGGCUGCAGCACCUGGGAGCACAGCCACGCAUCUGUCCAUUGGCACACGUCCGCUGGGUGAGCGGGAUUAUGCCUGUCCCCAGGGAAGAACCUAGCAGCUCCCAGGUCAGCCCCAGGACCUUUGCGCAGGACUGAUGGGUAUAACUGACCCCCAUGGGGAGGCAAGAAGCCAGCAGCAGCCACCUUGAUACUUUGUUCAUUUCUGAUUCUGUAGAGUUUAUUGUUAAAUUGCUUCUCUGGUUUAACCCACCUGAGCAGGGUGCAUAGUCUGUUUCCAGGAGGGUCUGCCCCCAGGUGCUCUGCCUUCCCCGCCAAAACUCACUCAUCCUCGGCUCAUGCAAACUGGUUAACCAGCAGGAAUGCACAAUAAAAGGUGGCUUUCUCGGC